AUGUUUGACAACGCUGACAACGGCGAGAAUAAGAUCACUCAAAUUCUUUCAUUUUCCGUGAAGCAUCCUAAAUGCGGCACCACGAAGGUGAUGGAGGAGCAGAAGGGGGAAGAGACUGAUUCCAGCAGUGGGGGCCGAGCUGCCGAAAGAACUGAAGUUUGUGUUGCUGCUAGUCUUACUGGCAAAGGGUGCCACCAUGAUGGGACUGCAAGUCGGAUUGCCGGUCCAGAUCCUGUGAAUUUGAAGCACGGCGUGGUGGAAGAGGCUGUUAAUCGUCCACAGCGCUCUCCAUGUCCUCUCUCUCUCUUGUACUCGGAUCAUCACGACCAAGGCAAGACGGUAGGUCGCAUGCUGGCUCUCAAACAAGGGGAGUUGAUAUUUCCCUUUAACACCAUUGGUGGACUUUGCCUGCUUCGGCAGAUCCACCAAUUCGACAUUUGUGCAAGCGGUAUUGUAGCAGUUCGCCGAUUUUUUGCUGCUCAAGGCAGCUCGGUGUCCUACGGUGCGCUCAUCUCGUAA